CGUUUACUUUGAUUUCACAAAAGAAUUAGAUGUCGUUGAGUCGAAUGGAAGAACAAAAGGAAUGCAACACGAUCGGAUUACAGUUACAAGAUGGAAGCACGGGAAACCACUUUCAUCGGUUUUAUUUCGUCAAGUUUCGGCCCUCUCCAGAUGAAGUAGAAAAAGACGGUGCUGACAAACAAUAUCAGUUGAUGACGCUUGCUCGAGCUCGUAUAAUGGAAGAAAUAGAUCAACAGAAGGCCGAUCAACAUCAAAUAAACCAGAAAUUAAUGUGGUUCUCGAGUUGCGAUAUGCGUAUAGAAUGGAUGACGAGAGAAAUCAAGAAUCUUGGUGAAGUGGAGCCUCGUUUGCCGGUGAGUUCAGUACCAAGAACAAGAACAACUGGUUUUGUAAGUUUGAACGAUAAAAAAGAUGGUCAAACACCGGAUCGAAAAUGUUGCCAAAAGAGGAUGAUCAAGAAAGAUAGGAUAAAUAUGGAAUAUCUGCAACAAGUUCAAGAAGAGCUUAUGUGUUCGAAGAAAUCAUCGUGUCGUACACAAGAGCUUAACGAUCUGAUCGAGAGCAUGGAGCACAGGAUCCGACAUGUGAACCAGAAUCGGGCAGAUGAAAUGAAAAUGUAUCGUGAAAUAAGAAACGUCAAGGAAACAAGAGAAAUGUACAAUGCAUCAGAACCCGACCCUCCUGGUUAUUGGUACACGAAAGAAAGACUGUCAAAGCAAGAUACAGAUUGGAAUCGUUCCAUGCAACAUAGAAUACACAUUCGACUGGAUGACAUUGAGAGAAUAAAGAGAGAUCUAACGGGACGUAAACAUAGAGUUACGCGACUUAAAUCAGAGUUGGAACGUGUGAGAAAAAGCAUUGGUUCUUUACAGAAGGAGCUUGAAGAUGUUAACUCAAAGAGAAUCAAAGCCUAUAAACGUGCUUACGAGCUUGGAGAACAAAAGAGAGAACUGAAAUCAAGUUACGAUGAGUAUCAAUCGCUCAUAACGUAUGCGAAUAGACUUGCACGAAAAGGGGAUGUUGUGGGACUAAAACAAGUGUGUGAUACACAGAUUGAAGGGUUCAUGAGGCAGUGGAACGAUAGUCAAGCAUUCCGGGCCGAGUACGAGAGAAGGAAGUUGGCGUCGAAGGGUUUAAGAGAUAUCGUUUAAACAUUAUUGAAGUUUGAUGCCUUUUACUUGUUUUGGAAUGCUACCUUUUGUUCAUUUAUAUGUUCGUGUUUGUUUACUUGUUCAGUUAAAGUUACACGAACAAACAUAAACAAUCCUUCGUUCUUGUUUGUUUAUAGCUUCCACUCUGUAGAUACGUUAAACUUAUAAGUUAUAGACUUGUGCCAAACUUUAUCGAAUCGAAAGUUUUGAACGAACUUGUGGAAACAUAAUUAG